AAACGUACAAAGCUUACUCCUAGGAACCCAUUCAUUUCUUCCUUUGCUAACAGCUUCCCUAUCCCGUUCCAGCUAAGUUUUUGUUUCCCCUUGCGAGUGCUUCUUUAGUAUCUUUACCCCAUCUGAAUCCAUUUCGUAUAGCUGCAAAUAUUUAAAAAAAAGUUUCAACUUCAAGGUUCAAUUCUUCUCCAUUUCCCAACAACCACAACCUGUUUAACCUCGUUAUAAUGGAACAAUUUUCCAAUUGGGUGGAUAUUCCUAACUCACUGGAAUUGAUCAAGAAUCAAGAUUUAGACCAAUAUUUGGAGGGAAUCAACCCUGAUAUCGACGACUUACUCAACCAAACCUUAUUGGGUAUACAAGAUUUGGACGUCCCAACUGGGUUUCCAAACGACUUACCACAACACUCAUCUCCUAAACGUAUCGAAAGCAACCACCAUCAUUCGGCUGGGAACUCUUUCCACUUUCAUCAAGCUAGACAUAGUAGGAAAAUUAGUGGGACUGCAAUUUUCGGAUUUGAGAAUCAUACUCGGGAAUUGUCUAUUGAGCUCAAGAAUGACGACAAGUCCAUUUCACCUGUGCAGUUGGUGAGGAUGGCUUCAACCUCGGCCAUGUCCCUGCCUUUGAGAAAAUCUAUCUCCGCUAAACCUGUUAACGUUUUAAUCGAGGAAGAAGAUCCCAAGCCAUCGUCCAAGAAGAGCAGCGAUGAUUACUUGGUGCCCAACAAUAAUCCCAAUUCUUAUAAGUUUCCUCCGUCUCCUGAUACGUCUGAUAAUGAUAGAAGAUCCAUGAAUCCUGGUAAUAUGUACUCUGCAAAGUACUUACAGGAGUUGAGUAGAUUGAACCAUAGCCAACCAGAACAAGUAUAUGUUGAUGAUAUCGAACCGCUUUUGGAAGAAGAUGAUAAAGCCCACAUGAAAUACGUUCCUAUUCCAGUCCAAGAUCCUUCUCCACGCAAAAAACAAGCAUUCAAUGCCAACGCCAACACUUACUUACCUCCACCAUCUCCACCAAGGUUAACCAAUGACUCCCCCGAUCAGUCAUCUCCUUCACCACGUCCUUUCACUAGAGAAUCCUCACCAGUGAAUUUGAACGGGAACUUGAACUCGUCUCCGGCUGUGAGCUAUUUCUAUAAUCCCCAGUUCUUUUCGGAUGACAAUUAUUUCAAUGAUGGGUAUUCUUCUCCAAUAAACCUGCAAUCCCUUAGUUCUUCACCGUUGAAAGCCGACUAUUAUUCAAGCCCUUUGAGGAAUGUUCCUGUGAACACCAGCGAGAACAUUGAUGUUAAUGAAACAAUCACUCAGUUGACUCCAUUGAAACCAAGUCAAACACCAAUGACUCCAUCAAGAAACAAAAUCAUGUUGGAAUGGAGCCCAAUAGUAUCACCAAGUGUGAAAAAUAACCGGGAUGUCAGGAAUGCAAUCAAACAGAGUUCUCCAAAGAGGAGAAUCAAGAAAACCUCCUUAUUACCUCCUGGUGAGCUUGAUAGGUACUUUGAUGGACCUGAUUCAAAUAAGACAUUCACUUGUACUUAUAAAAAUUGCGGCAAAAGAUUUACGAGGAGGUAUAACGUGAGGUCUCACAUUCAAACACAUUUGAGUGACAGACCAUUUCCAUGUAUGUAUUGUCCAAAGAAGUUUGUUAGACAGCACGAUUUGAAUCGUCAUGUUAAAGGUCAUUUGGAGGCAAGGCAUUGUAGAUGUCCUUGUGGGAAAGAAUUCACUCGAAUUGAUGCCAUGAAGAAACACAGAUUGAGAAACAUAUGCAGUGGGAGAAUUCCUCCCGACCAAGCGGAUUCAUUAAGGUCACCUGAAAGACAAGAUGACUCUCCAUUGGAUGAUUACAGUUCUCCUGCAAGGAUCGUCGAAUCUAAUGAAAACGAAAUAACGAACAACUUAUUACAAAAUCUUAAUGAUAUCCCAGCCCUUUAGCAUCUAGCCAGCUAAUUUUCUGCAUUACCCACUGCCUUUUAAUUCUUAUGGAGCUUGUGCAUUACUCUGAAUAUUAUAAUAGUUGCAAUUUAAAUAAAGGUUCAAAAGUCUCGCUUGCAUGGUUGCAAAUUUUGUUGAUUUAUAAAUUCCGUAUUUUCAUAUUUAAAAAAUGUAAGAUUUCCAAGCAGUUGAAAAUAAUGGGUUCAAAUACCCAAAGAAGUAAAGAUUUAUAUAAUGCAAAUCAGGUUUCGUACAUGAUACCUUAUGUAGCUUCACCUAAAGUGGCAGCAGCAGCCGCUGCUGCAGCGGCGGCUUCGGCUGCUGCUUCCUCUUCCUUGUGUGUCUUCAAAUGUUGGUUCAAGUUGUCAGUUCUACUGAACUUCUUGUUACAAAUAUCACAAGAAUAUGGCUUCUCAAAUGUGUGUAAGGAUCUGAAGUGCCGCUUCAAGUGCUCUUGUCUUUUGAAUCGUCUAGAACAAUAGGUACACAAGUAAAUCUUGGUCAGAUCACUCAAAUCUGCCUCCUUAUUCUCCUUACGACCUCUUGUUCUAGUUUUGGAAUUCACCACACUAAUAGGGAAAGCCUGGGCAUCUUGAGGUAAGUUAAGUGUUUUCAUAUCCACCUCAACUUCAACCCCAUCAGCCAUGACCUUAGUUUUGAUGUUUUUUAGCUCCGACUCUUUUUUGGAUGGUUUACGCUUCAUUAACUUAGAACCCAAGAUUCGCUUAGAGGCAUUCGACAACACGUUUGUGCUGUUCCCACCAUUUUCAUUACGAUCAUAAUCAUCGUCGUCGUGCAUCAGGUCCUCGUACUGGCUAGGAUGACGAGAAUGGGCAGUGGUCGAUGAAGAGACAGUGGAUGAUGCUUCAAACAGAACCUUGCUAUUUGGAAAGGAAUC